UUGCUUGAAUUGAAACAAAUUACAUGAAAUGGAUCGAAGAGACUUUUCUCUUUUAAUAAUCGUUACAGUUUUAGCGAGUGGCGCGGAUAGUAUGACGAGACAACAAUUAAAAAAUUCGUCGAAAAUGUUGAAAAAGAAUUGCAUGGGUAAGAACGAUGUCACGGAAGAUAUGGUUGGAAAUAUUGAAAAGGGAAAAUUUAUCGAAGAUAGAAAAGUUAUGUGUUACAUAGCGUGUAUUUAUCAAAUGUCGCAAAUUGUUAAAAACAAUAAAUUAAAUUAUGAAGCUUCAAUUAAACAAGUGGAUAUGAUGUUUCCCGCUGAAAUGAAAGACAGCAUGAAAGCUUCCAUCGAUAACUGUAAAGAUAUAUCUAAAAACUACAAAGAUAUAUGUGAAGCGUCGUACUGGACAGCGAAAUGUAUAUAUGACGAUAAUCCAAAGAAUUUUAUAUUUGCGUGAUACGUUUCGAUUAAACUAUUUACUUUUUAA